AUGGAUGAGACUGACUCUGGACUGGGCAACCAGGCCCUACUCACCAAGAUCGACAAGCUCAGAGAGCUCAAUGUUGGUUCUCUUGUCCCUCUCCCCCAGCUUGUUGUGGUCGGCGACCAGUCUUCUGGCAAGAGCUCUGUUCUCGAGAGUCUCACUGGCUUUUCGUUCCCGAGGGCUGCAGGUCUCUGUACUCGUUAUGCAACCCAGAUCACUUGCCGACGCGAGGCUGUGGAGACCAUCAACAUCUCGAUCAUCCCUCACCCGUCUUCCUCGCAGGCUCGCCGGGAUGCGUUGCAUCAAUUCAAGUCGCACGUCACCAAUACUCGUGGUGAAGACUUUGCAAAGAUCUUCGAAGAUGCGAACAAGGUGAUGGGAAUCCGACCAGCUUCUUCCUCGGAUAGCGCCUCGGAGUCGGAAGGCAACAAUGACGAUCUCAAUGCCUUCAGCCAGGACAUCCUCAAGAUCGAGAUCAACGGCCCGCAGCAGAACCAUCUCACUGUGAUUGAUGUUCCGGGCAUUUUCCGCGCCGCUACACCUGGACUCACCACCGAGAGUGAUAUAUCUCUUGUCCAGGACAUGGUGAAGGGGUACAUGAAGGAUCCUCGCACCAUCAUUCUAGCUGUCAUCCCCUGCAAUGUCGACAUUGCCACCCAGGAGAUUCUCAAACUCGCCAAGGAUGCCGACCUCGAGGGUGUCCGGACAAUGGGAGUCCUCACCAAACCCGACCUGGCGACCGAGCGUGUCACACAACAAGCCGUCAUUGAUCUCGUAGAGGGCAAGCGCAAUGAUCUUCGACUUGGUUACUGCCUUGUGAAGAAUCGCGGCGCCGACGAUAACAAGUCCUCACUCCGUCAGAGGAACCUGAAAGAGAAGGAGUUCUUUCAAGGGGCUCCGUGGUCCACCAUUUCAGAUAAUGGACGGGUAGGUAUCGAAUCCCUGAAGCAGCGCCUCAGAGAGCUUCUGAUGGAUAUAUCCAAGAGGGAGCUGCCAAACGUGAAGGCUGAGGUUGGCCGGAAGCUGGGAGAGAAGCGCAAGCUGAGUGAGAUCAUGGGGCCCUCCCGUGGUGAGACCAAUGAGCAACGACUCUACCUUACACGUCUUGGAACUAGAUUCCAAACAAUCUCUAGCCACGCCCUGAACGCGUACUACACCGAUGAACAAAUGUUCACCGAGUCUCCACACAUGAGACUGGUCACUCGUAUCAUCAAGCUGAAUGACGCCUUCUCCCACACGUUUGCGACCCGAGGUCACUUGCGCGCUUUCCACACCAUCUCUGGUCUCGUCUACGACGAUGAUGAUGACAUGGCGAAGAACAAAGCGCACAAAGUCGACUUUCCGAUCCCAGUCUCCAAGUACAAGGAGCUCCACGAUAUCAUUGUCACUGAGACAUAUGACUGUCCGAUGCCCCUUACAGACUGCAUCAUGGCACAUAUUGAAGGGGUGUACAAGGACAGCCGCGGUCCAGAGCUGGGAACUUUCAAUGGUACGCUCCUCGGCACCACUUUCAAGGAACAGUCGUCCAAAUGGGAGAAGUUGGUUCUCUCCCAUAUCACCAACGCCAUUGUUCUGGUUCACCAGUUCAUCUUCGAUCUCCUUACAGACUGUUGUCCUGACCCCAGCGUCCGAAACGCGCUCUGGGACACUGUGCUGCUGGAUCAGCUCCGCGGCUGCUACUCUCGAGCUAUGCAACACACCCGUUUCCUGCUCACAGUGGAGCGAGAGGGCAAACCAAUGACCUACAAUCACUACUUCAACGCCAACCUUCAGAAAGCCCGUAGUGGCCGCAUCCUUGCUGAGGUGAAGGACAAGGGAAUGAUGCCUGGAUGCAACAAUUGCCGCCAUAUUACUGGCGGUCAGACGAUGGUUUCAACCUCUUCCCUGCAAAACCUCGCCGUAGACAAGGGCAAUGCCAAGCAGACCUGCGAAGACGUUCACGACAUCCUACGAAGCUACUACAAAGUCGCCCGCAAGCGAUUUGUUGACGUCGUCUGCCAGCAGGUCAUUGAUCACUACCUGUUGAACGGACAAGAUAGCCCCCUGCGUGUCCUAUGUGCGACCCGCGUCGCCCAGCUGAGCGAGGACCAGCUCGACGAGAUUGCAGGCGAGGACGCUGGCACGAAGCGCCAGCGCGUCCUCGUUACAGAGGAAAUCCAGAGACUCGAGGCCGCCAUGAAGGUUUUGCGGGGCUAG